GAAAAUAAUUGAGAAAAAAGAAAAAAAAGAGCUGAAUAUUGUCGUAUUAAAUUAAAUAUAGGGCAAUCACGGAGGUUAAACUUCUACUCGGGUGAUAAAAGCUUAAUAAUAAAAAAAAUCGACAAUUACUUACAAGUACCUGCAAAGUGUACUGAAAAAUUAAUUAAAAUGAAUACUUAAUGAUAUGCAAAAACGAUUAAUCUUGUGAAUAUAAUUUACUAGUGCAAAUCUAUAUAGCAAAUACAAUUAGUAAAUAAAUUAAACAUUGAAAUGAUUGAAUCCAACUCUCCAGCAUCAUCAUCGUUUGAUGAAAUAAUAAUUGAAAGUGAAUUGAAAAGCCAGGCUUUAAAAUAUUUACCUCAUUGGCCACCUGUUACUAUAGAUUUUGAGGAUCUUGUCUACACAGUGCAAAAUUAUGAAGAACAAACAAAAACUAUUUUACGAGGUAUCAGUGGAUCUUUUAAAUCUGGUCAAUUGAUCGCUUUACUUGGACCUUCAGGUGCUGGUAAAACAACACUAUUGAAUAUCUUAGCGGGCUUUAAAUGUGAAAAUAUUUCAUCUGGAAAUGUCAUGAUAAACAAGAAGAAAAGGGAGAUGAAAAAGUUUCGAAGAAUGUCGAGAUAUAUUAUGCAACAAGAUAUUCGUCAAGUUGGAUUGACUGUUUGCGAUGCAAUGAUGUAUGCAGCCGAUUUAAAACUUGGUUUUGAUGAUCUCACGAAGGAACAAAAAAAGGAAGUUGUGAAUGAAAUUAUACAUUUGUUAAGACUAGAAAAGACUAUGAAUACGGAUUGCAGUAGAUUGUCUGGUGGUGAACUUAAGCGCUUCUCAAUAGCACAGGAAUUGGUAAACAAUCCACCAAUUUUAUUUCUCGAUGAACCAACGAGUGGACUGGACGAAACAAGCAGUUUUCAGUGUGUAGAAUUACUUAAGAAGCUUGCAAGGGGCGGAAGGACAAUUGUUUGCUCAAUUCAUACACCAUCAGCGAAAAUUUUUGAAAAAUUUGAUCAUAUUUAUGUUGUUGCUAAUGGUCAGUGUGUAUAUAAUGGAAAUGGUGGAAAUAUAGUUCCUUAUUUAGAUAUGGUGGGACUGCGAUGUCCGAAAACUUACAAUCCUGCAGAUUUCAUUGUGGAAGUAGCAUCAGGGGAAUAUGGUAAUGAAUUUCUUGGUCGCAUGAUAGAGUUCAUUGAUAAUGGUCGAGUGAUAGAUUGGAAGCCAUCUAAUGCUAUCCAAGACAAAUAUGAAGAGCGUUAUGAUCACAAUCGGAAUCAGUGUAAUGAACCAACACAUCUAUUACAGUUUGAAGAAGAAAUCAAUCCAAAUAAUUUAAAAUUCAAAUGUUCAAGUUUUGAACAAUUUUUAGUCAUUUUUCGCCGAACCAGCAAACAAAUUUACAAUGAUUGGAAUUAUUUAUCACUUCGAAUAAUCAUGCAUAUUUUUCUUGGUAUUGUGAUUGGGGGUCUAUUUUAUCAAAUGGGAAAUGAUGCUACAAAAACAUUGUUUAAUUUUGGAUUUUGUUUUACCAUCAUCAUCGCAUUUAUGUAUAUUCCAAUGCUACCAGUUUUACUUGAGUUUCCGAUUCAAGUUCAAGUAUUAAAGCGAGAAUAUUUCAACCGAUGGUACAGAUUUCUACCUUAUUAUUUUGCAAUAACUAUUGCAAAGUUCCCCGUGCAAUUUUUGACGUCUGUGCUUUACCUAACUAUGGUUUAUUUCAUUACUGAUCAACCAGUUGAAUGGAAACGCAUGUUAAUAUUUUAUUUUAUUGCGUUGCUUACCAGUAUGACAUCAGAAAGCUUUGGUUUACUUGUGUCAUCAAGAUUAAGUAUCAUUAAUGGCAUGUUUAUCGGACCUGUAGCAUGUGUUCCUUUGAUGCUUCUUAGUGUUUAUGGUAUUGGGACUGGUAUAGAAUCAAUACCGCCACUAAUUCGCUAUAUUAUGAAAUUUAGCUAUUUAAGACAUUCAUUGGAAGGAAUUAUUCAGUCAAUUUAUGGAUUUGAUAGACAGGAUAUGGUUUGCCCAAAUGACGAAAUGUUUUGUCCAUAUAAGAAACCAGAGUUUCUUCUUCGUAUCAUGGGUUUUGAACAUUUAGACUUAACUACUUCAAUUCUUGGGUUAUUGUUUUUCUAUAUUUUCUUUAAUUUAGCUGCUGUUUAUUUGAUUAAAUUACGAUUAUCGUGUACGAGAAAGCGGUUCUGGGCAAUUCAGUAUGUGUCGCGGGUUGUAAAGUACGUGAACUAUAAACUAUGAUUAGAAAUGGAAAUGGGAAUUAAUUUAAAUAUAGAAAUAAAAUAUUGAUGUAGGUCUUUUGUGAAUUUAAAUUGAAAUUUGUGAUAAGAGUUUAAAUGAUGUAUCUCGUAAGUUUUGUACUUUACUUUAUAAUUGUUGAGA